GCUUGUUUUGCUUCUCAUCCACUACAUCAAGCUCCAUCACUCACUGAAAACAAACAUUCUUCUCAAACCACCCUCUACAAACUGAAAAUCACAAAUACGUCUAAAGCCAUGAAUGCAGGCCCAUCAUGGGAUUUCCCACCCGAUCGCCGGCCUCCAUCUCCUCCACAUACGCCUUCUUUGUCCCCAGGAGCUCACGCAGCGGAGGCGGCGUUGGAAAGGGAGAGGGAGUGGCAGAAAGAGGAGCGCAAAAGAAGAAGAGAGGAGAAACAGAGGAUGAAAGACGAGGCGCCGAGUCUCAUGGAGAGGAUGUGGAAAUCAAUGUUUGGAAACACCACGCGCAAGUCUAAAAGGAAAGGGAAGCAGCCAGAGAAAGGCACGAGGAAACCGAAGAAAACGCCACAAAAAUGCAAGAGGGACGGUGGUGCAAACGAGAAAGAAAGCAAAAAGGCGAAAACAGCAAGUCCAAAGACCAAACCUGCAAGUCUAAAGAGCGCAGCAGCAAGUCUCAAAAGCAGAGCCGCCAGCCUCAAAAGCCGAGUUGAAAGCAUCAAAAGCCGAGUCGCGAGCAUCAAAAGCACCAUCCGCCAAAAACUCGACGAUGUCAAAGCCAAAAUCAGAAAGAAACCAGACGUCACUAGUGAUAACGACUCCCAAGACGACGCCGAUGUCGAUGAGCAUGAGAUGAGCGGCGGCCUCGACAGUGAAACCGAACGCGAGAAAAGAGCAGAGGAGACGGAGAAGAAGACAAGCCAGGCGAAUAAGGAGGCGCAAGCGACAGAACAGAAGGGCGAAGAGGAGAGGGACGAGCGAGAGCGAGUCAAGUGA